AUGAGCGAAGAAGCUGCUGACAUUGACCGGAGCGCGGCCUGUUCCGGUAUCAUAGGUCGCGCGACCGAAGUUCACAAGGAGAAAAUCCGCCCAUUGAGGCCAUACACAUAUUCGCGCAUUCCUGAAGAUGACAGAUGGAUCCGUAUCGUACACCUGGAGCCUGCACCUGAGACGACAUCGCCUCUCCGAGCCACCGUCACGACCGAUCGUCUGGAGCCUCGGCUGUUCUAUGAAGCAUUGUCGUACUCCUGGCGAAGUCCGUCCGUGACCGAGCCACUUGUCCUGGACGACCAGUAUCUUGCAGUCACGACCAACCUCGCCGCAGCACUACGGGCACUCCGUCUCGCCACUGAACGUCGGGUCUUGUGGAUUGAUGCUAUCUGUAUCAACCAGACCGACAUUGAGGAGAAGAAUCGUCAGGUCCUUCUCAUGAGGGAAAUCUACACGCAUAGCUCACGGACUAUCGUCUGGUUGGGGCCUAGCGACAGACUGAUCCGGAAGGAAUUCGAGUUGAUCCGACAGGAGAGAGAGGCAGGCGAGAUCGAAUUGUUGUUGUAUCAUUUGCCGAAUGCCCUUUCUGCUCUCCGUACCCAACGGGUGGCAGCAGAAUGCCCUUGGAUAUCGCGUGUGUGGGUC